AUGGCACAAUCAGUGCUGGUACCACCAGGACCCGACAGCUUCCGCUACUUCACAAGAGAAUCCCUUGCAGCUAUUGAACAGCGUAUCAAUGAAGAGAAAGCUAAAAAAUCCAAACAGGAGCGCAAAGAUGAGGAUGAUGAAGAUGGCCCGAAGCCAAACAGUGACUUGGAGGCAGGAAAGACCCUGCCAUUUAUUUACGGCGACAUACCUCCAGGAAUGGUGUCCGAGCCCUUGGAAGACCUGGACCCAUAUUAUAUCAAUAAAAAAACCUUUAUAGUAUUAAAUAAAGGGAAGGCAAUAUUCCGAUUCAGUGCCACCUCUGCCCUGUACAUGUUAACUCCUUUCAAUCCUCUUAGAAAAAUAGCUAUUAAGAUUUUGGUACAUUCAUUAUUCAGCAUGCUUAUCAUGUGCACUAUUUUGACCAACUGCGUAUUUAUGACCAUGAGUAACCCUCCAGACUGGACAAAGAAUGUAGAAUACACAUUCACUGGAAUUUAUACCUUUGAAUCACUUAUUAAAAUUCUUGCAAGGGGCUUCUGUUUAGAAGAUUUUACAUUUCUCCGUGACCCAUGGAAUUGGCUAGAUUUCACUGUCAUUACAUUCGCAUAUGUGACAGAGUUUGUGGACCUGGGCAAUGUCUCAGCGUUGAGAACAUUCAGAGUUCUCCGAGCUUUGAAAACAAUAUCAGUCAUUCCAGGCCUGAAGACGAUUGUAGGAGCCCUGAUUCAGUCUGUGAAGAAGCUCUCAGACGUGAUGAUCCUGACUGUGUUUUGUCUGAGUGUAUUUGCACUGAUAGGGCUGCAGCUGUUCAUGGGCAACCUGAGGAACAAAUGCCUGCAGUGGCCUCCAGACAAUUCUACUUUUGAAACAACUGUUAUUUCCAUCUUUAAUGGCUCUAUAGGUGAAAAUGGCACAUUUAUUAAUGCAACAAUGACCAUAUUUAACUGGGAUGAAUACAUCGAAGACAAAAGUCAUUUCUACUUCUUGGAAGGACAAAAUGAUGCACUACUGUGUGGCAAUAGCUCAGAUGCAGGUCAAUGCCCAGAAGGAUAUAUAUGUGUGAAAGCUGGUAGAAACCCCAACUAUGGCUACACAAGUUUUGAUACAUUCAGUUGGGCAUUCUUGUCACUGUUUCGAUUGAUGACUCAGGACUUUUGGGAGAAUCUUUACCAGCUGACACUGCGUGCUGCUGGGAAGACAUACAUGAUAUUUUUUGUUUUGGUCAUUUUCCUGGGUUCUUUCUACCUAAUCAACUUGAUCCUGGCUGUGGUUGCCAUGGCCUAUGAAGAACAGAACCAAGCAACAAUGGAAGAAGCAGAGCAGAAAGAGGCAGAAUUUCAGCAAAUGCUGGAACAACUGAAAAAGCAACAGGAAGAAGCUCAGGUAUCCCUGCAAACAGCGGCGGCAGCAGCUGCAGCAGCUGACUCAAGAGAUUAUAGUGGAGUAGGUGGAAUAGGUGGCUUCUCCGAAAGUUCUUCUGAGGCAUCAAAGCUGAGCUCAAAGAGUGCUAAAGAGAGAAGGAAUAGAAGAAAGAAAAAAAAGCAAAAAGAACAGUCUGAAGGCGAGGAGAAGGAUGGGGAAGAAUUUCACAAAUCGGAAUCAGAGGACAGCAUCAAAAAGAAAGGUUUCCGAUUUUCCAUUGAGGGGAAUAGACUGACAUAUGAAAAGAGAUUCUCUUCCCCACACCAGUCUUUGCUGAGCAUUCGUGGCUCGCUGUUUUCCCCAAGGCGCAACAGCAGAACAAGUCUUUUCAGCUUCAGAGGUCGAGCAAAGGAUGUAGGAUCAGAAAAUGACUUUGCUGAUGAUGAGCACAGCACUUUUGAAGACAACGAGAGCAGAAGGGAUUCUCUCUUUGUUCCUCAUAGACAUGGAGAACGGCGCAACAGCAACAUCAGCCAGGCCAGUAGGUCAUCCAGGACAGUCCCUGCACUUCCAGCCAACGGGAAGAUGCACAGCACUGUGGACUGCAAUGGAGUGGUGUCUUUAGUUGGUGGGCCACCAGCUUUGACAUCGCCUACGGGACAGCUUCUGCCAGAGGUGAUGAUUGAUAAAGCAGCCACUGCUAGCAAUGGCACUACGACAGAAACUGACUUAAGAAAGAGACAUUCCAGUUCUUACCAUGUUCCUAUGGACUACCUAACAGACCCUAGUGCAAGGCAAAGAGCAAUGAGUAUAGCUAGCAUGCUUACAAACACAAUGGAAGAACUGGAAGAAUCCAGACAGAAAUGUCCACCAUGCUGGUAUAAAUUUGCUAACACUUGCUUGAUUUGGGACUGCUGUACUCCCUGGCUGAAAGUCAAACAUAUUGUAAAUUUAAUUGUGAUGGACCCAUUUGUUGAUCUGGCCAUUACCAUCUGCAUCGUCCUGAACACCCUGUUCAUGGCCAUGGAGCACUACCCAAUGACAGAACAGUUUAGUGGUGUGCUUUCAGUAGGAAACCUUGUGUUUACUGGAAUUUUCACAGCAGAAAUGUUUCUCAAGAUAAUUGCCAUGGAUCCUUAUUAUUAUUUCCAAGAGGGCUGGAAUAUUUUUGAUGGUUUUAUUGUUAGUCUUAGUUUAAUGGAACUUGGCCUUGCAAAUGUAGAAGGAUUAUCUGUCCUCCGAUCGUUCCGAUUGUUGCGAGUUUUCAAAUUGGCAAAAUCUUGGCCAACCCUAAAUAUGCUGAUUAAGAUUAUUGGCAACUCAGUGGGAGCUCUGGGGAAUCUGACCCUGGUGCUGGCCAUCAUUGUGUUCAUUUUUGCUGUGGUUGGGAUGCAGCUCUUUGGGAAGAGCUACAAGGAAUGUGUCUGCAAGAUCUCCAGUGACUGUGAACUGCCUCGCUGGCACAUGCACGACUUCUUCCACUCUUUCCUGAUUGUAUUCCGAGUGCUGUGUGGAGAAUGGAUAGAAACCAUGUGGGACUGCAUGGAGGUUGCUGGCCAAACCAUGUGCCUUACAGUCUUCAUGAUGGUCAUGGUGAUUGGAAACCUAGUGGUACUCAACCUAUUUCUGGCCUUGCUGCUGAGCUCAUUUAGUUCAGACAACCUUGCUGCUACAGAUGAUGACAAUGAAAUGAACAAUCUCCAGAUUGCUGUGGCAAGGAUUCAGAAGGGAAUAGAUUAUGUGAAGAGGAAAGUGCGUGAAUUCAUCCAAAAAGCCUUUGUUAGAAAACAGAAAGCUUUAGAUGAAAUCAAACCUCUUGAAGACCUAAACAAUAAAAAAGACAGCUGUAUUUCCAACCAUACAAUAGUAGACAUAGGUAAAAACCUUGCCUAUCUCAAAGACGGGAAUGGAACUACCAGUGGCAUAGGCAGCAGUGUGGAAAAAUAUGUUGUUGAUGAGAGUGAUUACAUGUCAUUCAUAAACAACCCAAGUCUCACCGUGACAGUGCCCAUUGCUGUUGGAGAAUCAGAUUUUGAAAAUUUAAACACAGAGGAGUUCAGCAGUGAAUCAGACCUGGAAGAAAGCAAAGAGAAAUUAAAUGCAUCCAGUUCAUCAGAAGGCAGCACAGUUGAUAUUGGACUACCUCCAGAAGGUGAACAGCCAGAGGCAGAACCAGAAGAAGUUCUAGAGCCAGAAGCCUGUUUUACAGAAGGGUGUGUGCGGAGAUUCAAAUGCUGUCAAGUCAGUGUAGAAGAAGGAAAGGGGAAAAUCUGGUGGAAUCUUAGGAAAACCUGCUAUAAGAUUGUUGAACACAACUGGUUUGAGACCUUCAUAGUCUUCAUGAUUCUUCUCAGCAGCGGUGCUCUGGCAUUUGAAGAUAUCUACAUAGAGCAACGCAAAACUAUCAAGACCAUGCUGGAAUAUGCUGACAAAGUUUUCACCUAUAUCUUCAUUCUGGAAAUGCUUUUAAAAUGGGUUGCUUAUGGCUUUCAAACCUAUUUCACUAAUGCAUGGUGCUGGCUGGACUUCCUGAUUGUUGAUGUCUCUUUGGUUAGCUUAACAGCUAAUGCCUUGGGCUACUCAGAACUUGGUGCCAUUAAAUCCCUUAGGACACUAAGAGCUUUGAGACCUCUAAGAGCCUUGUCGCGAUUUGAAGGGAUGAGGGUUGUGGUGAAUGCCCUGUUAGGAGCAAUUCCAUCUAUUAUGAAUGUGCUUCUUGUUUGCCUUAUAUUCUGGCUGAUAUUUAGUAUCAUGGGAGUAAAUCUAUUUGCUGGAAAAUUUUACUACUGUGUUAACACUACAACUGAUGAGAGGUUUGAUAUCAGCCAAAUUAACAACUUCAGUCAAUGUGAGGAGCUCAUACAAAACAAUGAAACUGCCCGCUGGAAGAAUGUGAAGGUUAACUUUGACAACGUAGGCCUUGGUUACCUUUCUCUGCUCCAAGUGGCUACAUUUAAAGGAUGGAUGGAUAUCAUGUAUGCAGCUGUGGAUUCUCGUAAUGUUUUGGAUCAGCCCAAGUAUGAAGAUAACCUGUACAUGUAUCUUUACUUUGUCAUCUUCAUCAUCUUUGGAUCAUUUUUUACCUUGAACCUUUUUAUUGGUGUCAUCAUAGACAAUUUCAAUCAGCAGAAAAAGAAGUUUGGAGGUCAAGACAUUUUUAUGACAGAAGAACAGAAGAAAUACUACAAUGCAAUGAAAAAACUGGGUUCCAAGAAACCACAAAAGCCUAUACCUCGACCAGCAAACAAAUUCCAAGGCAUGGUCUUUGAUUUUGUAACAAAACAAGCAUUUGAUAUCAGUAUCAUGAUACUUAUCUGCCUUAACAUGGUCACAAUGAUGGUAGAAACAGAUGAUCAGAGUGAAGACAUGGAAAAUAUUUUAUAUUGGAUUAACCUGGUGUUUAUUGUACUUUUCACUGGAGAAUUUGUCCUGAAAUUGAUUUCACUUCGCCAUUACUACUUCACUAUAGGUUGGAAUAUUUUUGAUUUUGUGGUUGUCAUUCUCUCCAUAGUAGGUAUGUUUUUGGCUGAGAUGAUUGAGAAGUACUUUGUAUCUCCCACACUGUUCAGAGUCAUCCGACUUGCCAGAAUCGGUCGAAUCCUGCGCCUCAUUAAAGGCGCUAAGGGAAUCCGCACUCUGCUCUUUGCUUUGAUGAUGUCUCUUCCUGCUUUGUUCAACAUUGGGCUGCUGCUCUUCCUGGUCAUGUUCAUCUAUGCCAUCUUUGGCAUGUCCAACUUUGCCUAUGUCAAGAGGGAAGUUGGGAUAGAUGACAUGUUCAACUUUGAAACGUUUGGCAACAGCAUGAUCUGCCUGUUCCAGAUCACCACGUCCGCCGGCUGGGAUGGUUUGCUUGCCCCGAUUCUCAACAGUGGGGAGCCAGACUGUGACCCCCAUAAAGAUCACCCGGGGAGCUCUGUGAAAGGUGACUGUGGCAACCCUUCUGUUGGGAUUUUCUUCUUUGUCAGCUACAUUAUCAUAUCCUUUCUGGUAGUGGUGAACAUGUACAUUGCUGUGAUUUUGGAGAACUUCAGUGUUGCUACUGAAGAAAGCGCCGAACCCUUGAGCGAGGAUGACUUUGAGAUGUUCUAUGAAGUCUGGGAGAAGUUUGACCCUGAUGCAACACAAUUCAUAGAGUUCAGUAAAUUAUCAGAUUUUGCAGCUUCAUUAGAUCCACCUCUUCUCAUAGCAAAACCCAACAAAGUCCAGCUUAUUGCAAUGGAUCUGCCCAUGGUGAGUGGUGACAGAAUUCACUGCCUUGACAUCUUGUUUGCUUUCACAAAGCGUGUUUUGGGAGAAAGUGGGGAGAUGGACGCCCUCAGAAUACAGAUGGAAGAUCGGUUUAUGGCAGCCAAUCCUUCUAAAGUCUCCUAUGAACCAAUUACAACCACACUGAAACGAAAGCAGGAGGAAGUGUCUGCUGUCAUCAUUCAGCGUGCUUACAGACGUCACCUCUUAAGGCAAAAAGUCAAAAAAGUAUCAUGUAUAUUUAGUCAGGAUAAAGGUAAAGAAGAAGAUGAUCUGCCCAUGAAAGAAGAUAUGAUUAUGGAUAAACUAAAUGAGAACUCCACUCCAGAAAAAACAGAUAUGACCCCAUCCACAACCUCCCCACCCUCUUAUGACAGUGUAACAAAGCCAGACAAGGAUAAAUAUGAAAAAGACAAGUCAGAAAAAGAAGAUAAAGGUAAAGACAGCAGGGAAAGUAAAAAGUAA